UGCAGUCCGUCGCAAUUUUUUUACGACAAGACAACAUCACUGCAAAUUAGCAGGGCCACAAUCCGACAGAAAUGGAAGAACCAAGCCGUGGUGCAGGGCAUCCUGGGAAUGAUGAAGAAAUGGAAGAGCCAAGCUGUGGUGCAGGGCAUGCUGGGAACAAUGCCGGGGAAGAUCAGGAAGUAGACACAGAAAGGCAGCAGGACGAGGGGCAGGAAAUUCUGAGGGAGGAAACACACAGUACGACUUCCAACCCGUCUGACUCUGAGGAGAGAGGAGCCACACCACAGGCACAUGUACAGCCUCAUACAGGCCAGAUGGAAGCCUGGAUACCGGCCUUGUUAGUAACAGUCGGCACUGGAGCACUCACUGGGGAACAGAGUGACUCUAACACGGCUGGCGUCCAGGCUAGGCAAACGGAUGCACAUGAUGCGACACAAACUGCUGGUGCUUCCCCUGUAGAUGAAGGUUCUUUACACAAGACAAGAGAGAAGUGGUACAAUUGUGACGAGUGCGACUUUUCUUCAUCAUCUAAAACAAGUGUAAAGAAACACAAGGCUAAGCACACAAAAUCCUUCAUGUGUGGAGAGUGUGGGUACAGGACAGUUGAUAAAUCUUCCCUAUGCAAGCACAUGAAAACUCAUACAGGCGAGAAAGCCUUCAAAUGUGGAGAGUGUGGAUACAGGGCGGCAGUCAGGUUUCACCUGUCGGAACAUAUAAGAACACAUACAGGCGAAAAGCCCUACAAGUGUGACCGGUGCGACUAUUCCUCUGCAUUUAAAUCUGGUUUGAACAGACAUAUGAUCAAACACACUGGAGAAAAACCUUACAUGUGUGGAGAAUGUGAAUACAGGACUGCUGACAGGUCUUCCUUAACCGUACAUAUGAGAGAACAUACAGGUCAGAAACCCUACAAGUGUGAUCAGUGCAACUAUUCCUCUGCACGGAAGAAUCAUCUUAGGAAACAUGCAGUUGAGAAACAUUCAGGUGAGAAACCCUACAAAUGUGACCAGUGCGAAUUUUCUUCUGUGUGGAAAAAGAGUUUAGACCUACACAUGGCACGACACACUGGUGAGAAGCCCUUCAUGUGUGGAGAGUGCGAGUAUCAGACGGCUGCUAGGCCUGACCUAGCCAAACAUAUGAGAAAACAUACCGGUGACAAACCUCACAAAUGUGACCAGUGCGACUUUUCCUCUGCACGGAAGGAUAAUCUAAGGAAACACAUGUUCAAACAUACUGGUGAUAAACCUUACAAAUGUGAGCAGUGCGAAUUUUCUUCUGUGUGGAAAAAGAGUUUAGACCUACACUUGUCACGACACGCUGGUGAAAAGCCCUUCAUGUGUGGAGAGUGCGAGUAUCGGACGGCUGCUAGGCCUGACCUAGCCAGACACAUGACAAAACAUACCGGUGACAAACCUCACAAAUGUGACCAGUGCGACUAUUCCUCUGCACGGAAGGAUAAUCUAAGGAAACACAUGUUCAAACAUGCUGGUGAGAAACUAGAUGAUUUCCAUCCAGUCUUCGGAGAAAGCCACACCACCACUACAGUGGGUACAGAGACAGAUGCUAGCCUGGAUACAGUAACAGUUGGAAGUCGGGCAAUUAAUGGGGAGCAGAGUGACUUUAACAUGGCUGGCGUCCAGGCUAGGCAGACGAAUGGACACAAUGCGGCACAUGCCGCUGGUGCCCUGUAG